UGCGCGUCCGGCCGCGGUGGGUUUGAACGCUGUUCCCGGGGAAACAACGGCGGACUUGGUGCACCAUGGAAGCGAGGGUAGUGAAGCCGCCGGGGCAGGAUUUGGUAGUAGAGCGUCUGAAAAGCCUGUACGGACUAGGGGCCAGGCACCUCGCCGAGUAUGAUUUUUCAAAUUUUGAUCAGGCUAAAUGGAAGAGAAGAUCUCUAACCUCCCCAGAUGAUUUGGAUAUCUUCUCAUCUGUUGAUAAAGUUGGUUCAUCAUUAAGAUGUUAUUCCGAUGAAAGAAAGCAUUGCACAACGCCACUUUGUAGUUCAUUCAAACAGUUAAAUGUGAAUUGCCUAGAUGAUGAACUGGAUUCUUUUCAAGAUUUGAGGCAAAAAGAAGCAAAAGAAGACUUAAUUGAAAAUGAUUAUGGAGUUAGUACCUCCAAGAUAACCAAGCAGUCUUUUAAAGACAUAGAAAAAGUUGCCCAGCCAACUAAUUUGGCCGCAAAUUCAAGAAAUUGGACUGAAUGUUGUAGUGAUGCAAGUGACUGUCCUCUGAGACGUGUUAGCUAUCAGACAUCUAAAGUACCAAACAAGCAGAGAAUACUUCCAUAUCAGAUUAAUCAGAUAUAUGAUGAAUUAUUUCAAAUACAUCAGAAACUGCAGUGUGAAACUGCAGCCCAACAGGAGUUUGCUGAAGAACUUCAAAAGCGGGAACGUUUUUUAGUUGAAAGAGAACAACUGCUUUUCAGACAUGAAACUGCUUUGAGUAAAAUUAAAGGUGUCGAAGAAGAGGUUCUUACAAGAUUUCAGAUUAUAAAGGAGCAGCACAGUGCAGAAGUUGAGCACUUAACUGAAGUUCUUAAGGAAAGAAAUAAAGAAAGUAAGAGGCUAAGGUCCUCUUUUGAUGCAUUAAAAGAAUUGAAUGAUAACUUAAAAAAGCAGCUUUUGCCUGUGAUUACAGAGCAGUUACAGUGGAUGCCAUUUGUGAAUGCCAAACUUCAUCAGCCUUUUGUAAAAUUUAUAUAUUGGUCUCUAAGGCAGCUAGAUGCUGGAACACAGCAUUCAACUAUGACAUCAACAUUGAGGAGACUGGGUGAAGACAUAUUCAAAGGAGUAGUAACUAAGGGAAUUCAGGAUAAUUCUUUAGACCAUUCAGUGGAGAAUAAACCAAAGACAGCUGCUUUCUUUAAGAGCUCCAAUUUACCAUUGAGAUUUUUAUCAACUUUAAUUGUUCUCAAAACAGUCACUCAAGCUGACUACCUGGCUCAGGCGUUUGAUUCUCUGUGUUUAGACUUGAAGACAGAUGAAGGAAAAAUCUUGUUUUUGGAGUAUCAAGCUGUUCCAGUAAUACUAAAUCAUCUAAGAAUAUCCAGUAAAGGACUCCUCUCCAAUGUCAUUGAUAGUUUGCUUCAGAUGACAGUGGAAUCUAAAUCUUUGCAGCCUUUCCUGGAAGCCUGUAGCAACACUUUAUUUUUUCGUACUUGCUCAGUGCUGCUUCGAACCCCUAAGCUUGAUCUUCAAAUACUAGAAAAGCUCAGUAUUAUUCUGCAGAAACUUUCCAAAAUCAAGAGUAAUAAGAAGCUCUUUGAACUUUUUACAAUUCAUCUGAUGCUUCAAGAAAUGCAAAGGACAACACAUCCAGAGCAUGCCUUUCUCUGUAUUAACUUAAAUUCAACUCUGUUCAAUUUGGGUUUAACAAAAUGCAACUCCUUGGCCUCCAGUGCAAGCCAUUAGAAUAGCUUAAUAUUAUUUUAUAUAAAUUAUAUAUGUGUUGCUUAUUUGUAAGAUUGUAAAAAUCACCAAAGUAACUAAAAGUCUACCAAGUAAAGUUAUCAGUAGCAUCAUUUAUCAUGAAAAAUAUAAUUUUUUUUCACUUUUAAGUUGAAUCUAUAGAAGCUAUGGAAUUUUUGGACUGUUUCAGUUCAGUUGAGGUAGUACUUACUAAUGUACAAAAUGGAAUUUCCAGAAUUAGUGAUACUGGGGUUACUUUUUGUAAGAGUGUUUUAGGAAAAUUUUUUAAAUUAUGUGAUUAUUUGGAAUAAAAUUGGUGUUUAUGUGGGAAAGAGGA